AUGAAACUUUACAACCGUGCAGGAACUGAUCAAGAAAUUCAAGAGUUGGGGCAGCAAAUCAAUGUAGACUUGCUGCUACAGAAAGGUGCCUAUCCAUAUACACAUAUGCAGUCGCCCGCGAAUUUUGAAGAGAUCCAACUUCCGCCAAUCAAGGAGUUUUACAACGAUCUGAAUGACCAGCCACUUGAUCAGAAAGUAUAUGAUCAUGCUAAACAAGUCUGGGAGAGUUUCGACGUGCAAAAUCUUGGAGAUUGGCAUAAUCUCUACGUACUCCUAGAUGUGACGUUGCUAGCUGAUUGUAUGGAAAGGAGCAGAGAAAUCUUAUGGGACUCUUACAACUUGGACUUGGCGCACUAUUUUAGUCUGCCAAUGAUUGCGUACGACGCUUGUUGUAAAAUGGGCAAAGCAAAAUUGGACUAUGUGGAUGUUACAAUGCAUUGCUGGUGUGAAACAGCACUUCGAGGCGGGGUGUGCGGAGUUGGAGGAAUUCGUGCAGCUGAAGCGAAUAAUAAGUACAUGGGAGAGAAGUACGAUGAAACAAAGACCAGCAGUUAUAUUUCGUUCCUGGACAUUAAUAAUCUUUACGGUUCUGCAAUGUGUUCAGCCCUUCCCGAAAAAGACUACAAGUGGUUAACUGAAUAUGAGCUGGACAGAGUACGAGCAAAUCCAAGUGCUUUUGUAAAUUCACUCAAAGACGACGCUGAGACUGGUUACUUCUUCGAAGUAGACCUUGAGAUACCGCCAACCAUACAUAAUAAGUUAAACGACUACCCGCCAGCUCCGACGAAGAGAUGCGUCAGUAAGGAGGAAUUGACUCCACAUCAGCUUCAACAGAUGCAAGAUCUACAAAUUCCCGAGUCUACAUUCAAGAACUCCAAACUUGUAGCUGACCUGCUCCCAAAAGUGCACUAUGUGACACAUUAUCGCAACUUGAAGAUGUACAUCAAGCUUGGACUUGUAAUUACUAGAAUACAUCGCGCCGUUAAAUUUUCUCAGCGGGCUUGGAUGAAAGCCUUUAUUCUGUUUAACACAGAAAUGAGGAAACAAGCAACGACAGACUUUGAAAAAGACUUUUUUAAGUUGCUUAACAACGCAUCUUUUGGGAAAACAAUAGAACAAAAGAGGAAACGGAUGUCAAUUUCAGUCGUUACCACAGAAAAGCAGCUCAAGAGGAUUGUAAACAAACCGACUUAUGAGCGGAUUAUUACCAUUAACGAUAAAGUGCACCUGGCUGUCAAGAAAGUGACUCAAGUGCUUUUGGAUAAACCAGUCGCUGUUGGAAUAUCCAUUCUAGAAAUUUCAAAAUGCUUCAUGUACGAGUUCCACUACCAUUACAUGAAGGAAAAGUAUGGUGACAAAGCUAGAGUUCUUUACGGUGAUACGGAUUCACUGGUCUAUCACGUGGAAACUCGUGAUUUUUACCAAGACAUGGUGGAGAACAAGGAACGUUUUGACUUGAGUGAUUAUGCUGGAAUGCAUUCUCACUUAAAUAAUCAAGAAAACAAGAAGCGUCUCGGAAAGAUGAAGGACGAAAUGCCAAAAAGUGUAAUCUUUCGAUUUGCAGCAUCAAAACCAAAAAUGUACGGAGCUCAAGCACUUUCAAUUGAAAACGGAAAGAUGACCAUACAUACCAAAAAAGUGGCCAAGGGAAUCAAGAAAGCCGCAAUUGCCAAUCAAAUCACUUUUGACUAA